AUAAGCAGUAUGUAGUAAGGAAUCGCCGACAUGGCGGUCCUCUUCGCAGCGUAACAUACGGUACACGCCGGGAGGGAAAAAGUACAAAGUAAUAAAGAUUCCCUUCUUCGUAUGGCCGGGCCCAUUUUAGCCAAAACAUUGUUUUCUUCUCAUCUUCAUCUUCCCCUUUUCCGGAUCUUAUUGUUCUCCUCGUCCUGUUUCACUCUUCCGAAAACCCGGCUUUCGGUUCCCGGAUCACGGCCUUCACGGUCGCUGGUCGUGCUCCUUCGUCCAGUUUUGCCCGGCUUGGCUUUUCCCGGCAUUGGGGAAUUCGGUGCGGCGCAGUUUGUUGCCAAGAUGAAUUUGUCUCUGGGUCGAUCGAUUUUUGCGUGCUUUGCCGACGAUGCUUAUCGUCCUUUACCGUCUCACGUGACAGGGUUUCAAUCCAAAGACCAAACCCCUUCUUUUUCUUAUUCCUCACUAGUGCUUACUCAGUACUAAGGUCAGGGAUGCGGACCAAGUUUUGAGUCCAGUGUCUGACGAUGGGCCUGCAUCUCUUGUUUCUCUCAUUUGGUCAGGGAAUUGCAAAGUUUUCGUGCCAGU